AUGGCCUCAACUCUUAUAAUCCGUCCGCGUCCCACAGCGGAGCUUUUCGCACGCUACGCCUUCACAGAGACAAUCGGCCAGGGUCAUUUCGGAAAGGUAUGGCGCUGCCUCGACCGCACGACGGGCGAGGCGCUCGCAUGCAAGCAAGUGCGCAAGACCGGCCUUUCCGACAACGACUUAGCCGACCUCGAGCGCGAAAUCUCCGCAAUGCAGCUGCUGCAGGGCCACCGCCACGUUCUCGCUCUGCGCGGGCUUUUCGAGGAUUCUAAUAAUGUGUACAUGAUCACCGACCUGUGCACCGGGGGCGAUUUGUUCGAUUUGAUCGCGCGCACGGGCGGGCUCGACGAAGACACCGCGGCGCGGCUAUUCGCACAGAUUUCACAGGGCGUGCGAUGGUGCCACGUGCACCGCGUCGUGCAUCGCGACAUCAAGCCCGAAAACAUCCUCCUCGCCAAAUCCCCGUCGUCGACUUCUUCACAAUCCGCUCCCUCCAACACCGCCGCCAAGUCCGCCUCCGCCGCCGCAGCUGACGGUCUCGACGCGUGCCUCGCGGAUUUGGGCCUAGCGUUUCAACUCGCGCCCGGAACAGCUAUUAUCGGAGUUGCUGGGAGCGCGCCGUACGAGGCGCCCGAGGUGCUCGCACGACAGCCGUACGAUUUCAGCGCCGACAUCUGGUCGCUUGGCGUGCUCCUCUAUUCCAUGCUCGCCGCUGGUUGGCCCUCGUUCCCCAACAACCGCCGCCAACUGCGCCCAGCCGUCGAUUUCGCCGACGCGCCGUGGCGAACGGUCUCUCGCGAGGCGAAAGAUCUCAUCCGUCGUAUGCUCACCCAAGACCAGUUCGAACGGUUGGAUAUCCACGGCGUGCUGCAGCACCCAUGGCUCGCGUCGCGCGUCGCCGCCAUCAGCCAGAAUCGCAGAGCCUCCGCCGCAUCCCCUGCUACUAAAACCGCCGCCCCCGCUUCUGCCGUUCCGGCGCCACAGAAAACCGCGCAAAAGCCUCCGCACCAGCCGCGGGAGGUGCAGCGCGACGCGCGGGAGGAGUCAAAGCAGUUGAAGCAGCAACACAGGGCGUUGUGUUCGUUUGAUUCAGACAACUCCGUCGACUUCGACAAUCACGAAUCGCACCUCCCCGCUCUCCUCCCCGUGCCGACCGACGCAAGCUUCGCCAGGGAGUCGUGCGGAAAUACCGCCGAGGAGUGCGACGCGCAUAACCCUAAAUUGCGCCUUCCGCUCACCUCCGCCGCUGCGCCUUCUGCAAGCAAGGCAAAACGCUCUCUCAUCUUCCACUUCCCCUAG